CAUUUAGGAAUGGCAGUGAACCGAAUUUCUUUAGUCAAACUCGACGCUUCGUUCAUGAUUAAGUGUACGUAUUUUGUGAUGUUUUGAGGUUUUGUUUAUGACAACAAUGCUAUGGCAAAGUUUUACAAAGCUCUGCUUCAUAUUAGUGGCGUUAUUUACCAUGAUUGAAGGCGAUCGUACAAAAGAUGAUAAUAUUCCAUGGUUUGAGAAAGAACCACCGACUUGGAUAUAUCUAUCCAACAACGAAUCCUUUUUUGUGCCUUGCGAAGCCAAGGGUUUGCAACCCUUGAAAUUAUAUUGGAGAAACGAAAGUGUUUUAAAUUUCAACGUGAAAAUAAACGCAACUAGGAAUGGUCUGUGGUUUGUUGAUGGCGUACAGCAUUUGCAAGGAACUUGGUUUCGUUGUAUGGCCAGAAAUUCUGCUGGUGUUGUUCUGGGAAAGAGGUUUACAUUUAAACGGCGAUAUCUGAGAUCAAUACGGCUACGACAUUCAAGUCCUGUUCUUUACGGCAAUGUCGUACGAUUACACUGUAUGGUUGAUACGAACUAUCAAUUAUUAAAUUACUCGUGGUUCAAAGAUACUAUAAUUCUCAAACUUACUGACGGUGAGAGAAUGCAGACUUUACCUUCAGGAAUCUUGAAGAUAAGAAACUACAAAGUUUCCGACAACGGAAAUUACUCAUGUCGUGUGAACAAUGGAUACAAGGAGAUGAACAGUGACAUGCUGAGCGUUCAGGGACAAUCUUUAUCCAAGAGCAGUCUCCAUGUUUAUCCUGGAAGAAUGAUCCGCCGAAACCUUGGUAGUCAUUUGGUUGUAGAGUGUAUCCACUUUAGUGAAUAUAACUCUUCGGUCAUCUGGAAGAAAAUGACAAAAGAGGGUAUGCGGAUUGUGGCAAUUAACAUUGGAUAUGCUGAUCUCAUAUUUAAAUCCAUACUGGAGUCUGAUGGUGGUAAUUAUAGCUGUGUGGUAAAUGGUCAUGAAAAACGCGAUAUCGUAAUAUCUGUUGAAAGCCCUGCAAUCAUUGACACAAGAAAACGACACAAGUUAGUCUCUAAAGAACACGAUAAGUUAGUUAUUAACUGCAGUGUCGGCGGUAAUCCCCCACCUUUGGUCACGUGGUACAAAGACGGACUCAAGCUUCGAGAGAAUGCACGUUUGCGUUUCUACAAAAACAAAUUACGUCAUCAGCUUGUGGUGAAUCACGUUGUACCAAGGGAUAGUGGGGUAUAUCAAUGCGAGGCCUACAACGAUUAUGGAUCAAAUAUUGAUGAUAGUAUUUGCAGAGUCAUAGAAAAAAUGGACCCCCCCCUUAACGUCGGAGGUUACGCAAUCUCAGCGACUAUGAUGAACAUAACAUGGACCAUCCCCCCUGGAUAUGGAACUGUUCAGUUUGUAAUACAUAUCUUAGAUUAUUUAAUGAAGUCGGACUUUCAAAUCGUGACUGACGACAACGCAACUUAUCGUGUGAUUGAAGAUCUCAGAGCCUUUACAGAUUACUCUGUUUUUGUUCAAAUGUUUUCUGGUCGACCUAGAGGGAAAUCUGCUACAUUUUGGGUUACCACACUUGAAGCAAGGCCGUCAGGACCACCAAAUGACUUAAAAACACGCAGUUACUCCAUAGGGACUUUAGAUCUAACCUGGUCGCCUCCGUUCAUCCCUGAACAAAAUGGAAAAAUCGUUGGUUACGAAGUAAAAUAUAUCUUAAAAAAUGGCGAAAAGAAAAUUGUAAAAAAUUUUACGUUGAAUGCUGACGAUUAUACAACGAUAUUACGUAAUCUUCAUCCAGGAGAAACCUAUUGCAUAAAGAUCGCUGCAAGAACAAAAGCGGGACUAGGUCCUUACUCAAAAGAAGUAUCUGGUGUUGUUUCAAGCUCAACGACGAAUGCCACGAUUCCAGCGCCAUUAGUUGAAGCAAAACACGUGAAUACGAGUAUCUUGAUAGAAGUCAAUUCUCCAGGGGAUGAUUUAGAUAUUGUAGGAUAUACACUUACAUAUAAGUAUCUAGCUGAAAGGGCAAGCUCUGAAAAAGAGGUGACAAUAAAUGGAUCAGAUUCGAUGUAUGAACUGCUGGAAGCAAUUUCGAAUGUAGAAUACGUCAUUAAUAUCGUUGCCUUUGACUCGAUGGAAAAUUAUGGUCGGCCUUCCAUUUUGGUUAUUUCUACUAAAGAAACGCCAGUCAAGGUGAACUACGAGAUGUUUCAAAACACAAAUUAUUCGGAACAGCCUCAUCUAACGAUCACGUGCCAUCCACAGCCUCAGUCCUCCUCCCUUCUAGUCACGUGGGUUCAGGAACCCGCACAACCCGAUGCAAAGUUUGAAGUCAUUUACGGCGAGCGUCUCAAAAAAACGAAGACCCGAAUACAAACCGAAAACUUCAAUGUUACUAUAUCACAAGUUACUCCGGGACUAUUUUAUGACGUCACUAUUCGUAGCAUUUAUUCAGUUCGUCUAUACAGCACAUCGAGUGGACCUGUAUCUAACUUUUGUAAGAUCGCUGACCAAAAGCCUGCUAGUCCACCAAGAAAUAUGUCUUGUUACGUGAAAGGGUCGAACGUUGUCGUACGUUGGGAUGAACCAAUCAAACCUAACGGCCACAUACUGAAGUAUCACUUAUGGUGGUUAACAGUUGAAAGAAAAAUCAAGCAAAAGGAAUGGAUGUCAACGUCGUAGGAAUGGAUCUCAAGUUUACUGUAACUAACGUGAUGAGAAGUAAACAAUUUUUUGUGAACAUCAGUGCUGGAAAUUCCGCAGGAACCAGUCCUACAGGACAUUGUAUUGUUGAUACAUCGGUCAUUCCAACAGGUAAAAUAAAGAUAUUGUGAAAAAGAAUGAGAAAGGAAUGGACAAAGUUUGAAUAUUGAGUUAAUGUGUUUUUUUUUAUUUUAGUUCAAGAUACGAACGAAAAA